CCAAGGCACUUGCUCGCUGCAUGAGAUCAAGCACUGACCAACAGAGAGUUUUCCGGAGCGGUGGGGUCUAAACCUCCUCAUUUUUUGGGGGGGAUUCUGUUGUUGUGGGUAUUUUUCAUCCCUCAACUACCUGAGUGAUGCUAACGAGAGCUCGUCCCAGCGCAGCGGCGGCUUUCACGAAUGCAGCGCAUGAAUAUUAUCUGGAGCUGCACGCUACUUCGGAAGUUUUGCAUGGCAGAGUGUGAUGACCCAUGCACGGCAGAGGAACUCUUUGUGUGGAUAUAAGAGUGAAUCUGCGGACCAGGUCAACUGCCGGAUAACUAUGGACAGAACUUGGCCAGAAAAGAAGGCUAAAAGAUGUUCAACCCAAAGAGGAAAAGCUAAGGAGGUAAAAGGAAAGUCCGCUGAGAGAGACCGGAAGCUGUACCCCCUCAGGGGACGGCAUGGAUUGGGUGAAGUGAGUGCACUAAACUGCUGUGUUGUACUGACGCGCUUGGACGAGAGUGAAACGUGUAGGAAUGGCAUGAAGGCCCAGGUGAAGGAAAUGCAGGGGAAGUCAAAAAUCUGCAAGUGUCGCAAGAAAGCCUGUAAAUCUUGCAAAGCGUCUGAACCAAAAAGCAAAGUGAAACCUGAUAAAUCUGCCUUAUACACAGAAUUCAUCCUUGAACCUCGCCAGAGACGGCUGGCCUCUCUGAAUGCAGAAGCCGUUAACAGUCUGCUCUUGGACAGAGUAGACCCCCAGCAGACAUCAAAACCCUCAAAGAAGCAGCAACAGACAAAAGGAGACCCCUCUCUCUCUAAAGACACUGCUAAAGAUAAUGAUUGUCCCAGAAAAAGCCAAGACAACAGAAAACGGGGAUGUACCGGAGAGACCGAACCAAACCGGAAUCCCAAAAAAGCGAAGACAGAAAGCGACACUAUUGAUCUUCAGACUCUAAACAGUCCUGCUCCAAAGCGUCUGGCUGGUUUAAAUGCAGCAGCCCUGCUCAAGCUGACCAGCACAUCCUCGGCAGGCAAGCGCAGGGGUAAAACAGAAGGCAAACCGAGCGCUGGCGGUGUGCGAGGGAAGCAGCUACUGUCUAAGUCACGUAAACAGCAGCACAACUUGGCCUGUCAGUCUACGUUAAAGGUGUCGCAGCAGUGCUGCAGCUUCUGUGAGAAGCAUGCUCUACACAAUGAGGCAUUAUGGGAUGGGAGCACAGGAAGCCAUGGCUUUAUUAGCCCAGGAUAUCAGUGCAGAUCCAUGCUCGGCUUUCCCCUGAAGCCUGUGAAGGAAGAGAAAACGGAGACUGAUGUGAAAUCAUAUUACUGCUGUUCCCAAGAGAGAUCAGUGGAGUACUGCCAUAGACUAGCCCUGUUCCUCGGCCAAAAACCCUUCCCGGAAACGGAUGAACAUUCUCUGAAGGGAUUUCUUCCUUCUCCACACACUCUGACGCAUUCAGCGAUGCCCAUCGGUGCCCAUCCGUAUCCCUGUUACCCUGGUUAUUACGUCCACAUUGCUCAUCAUGGGACUCCAUCGCUUCCAGUAAGCUCAAACCAAGGAAGCCACCCGCCCUCGUCUGUACCCCCGCUGAAGAUGUGCUCUAGCGGAGUCCAGAGACCCAAACUGCUGCCCUCUACGGUGUCCCAUCCUACAGGGAUCCCUCAUCCGGCGUACUGUAACUCUGUGGGCACCUGCUAUGGUGAAGCCUGCAGGCUCAGCAGCUAUGCCUACAGGCCCACGCAACCCAUCACUAGCAGGGGCUGUUCAUACAACGCAGGAUGCUCCAGCUGCAUGCACAAAAUGGAAACAGAAGACUACUCUUACCCUCUGGAUGACCGCAGCUCGUCCAUCACGAUGCCUUCUGCCCUGCCUCUGUCCAUCUGCCCCAUCUCCAGUGUGCCUCCACCCACCCAGUCAGUGCCCCACCUCCAGACGCCUCUUCCUGACACUGGGCGAUCCCAGGUGCAGAUUCGAGUGGGACGGGAAUGUCCUCAGAGAGCCAAGCCGCCCAGUGGCUCUCGCUCUGGGGUGCGGGACUCUGCUGUUUGCCCCCAUAUUAAGGACGGCCAGCUGGGAUCAGGCCAUGGCAGUGGCGCUGCCAAGCAGUCUAAGAUCAGCCGUCGCCGGGCAACAAACGGCUGGCUGCCUGUUGGUGUGGCAACAGAAAAGGAAGUGUUCAUCGUGGCUGAGGACUCGGCAUCCCUGCGGCGGUGCUAUGAAGGAGUGCAGAGAGAUGGAGAGGUUAUCAGGGUCAGAGACACAGUGCUACUGCGCUCAGGUCCGAGGAAGAAGUCCUUGCCUUACGUGGCCAAAGUCUCUGCCUUCUGGGAUGACCCUGAGUCAGGGGAGCUGAUGAUGAGCUUGUUUUGGUACUAUCGCCCAGAACACACUCAGGGGGGUCGCAUUCCCAGCAUGCACUGUGAGAAUGAGAUUUUCGCAUCUCGGCAUCAGGAUGAAAACAGUGUGGCGUGUAUUGAAGAUAAGUGCUAUGUGUUGACAUUAGCACAGUACUGUAGAUUUUGUGCCUUGGUGAAGUGUCGUGAGGAGGGCUUUCCCAAACGUAGCCCCCUGGUCCCUCCUUCCAGCUAUGUAAUCCCAGCUCAUCGCUGCGUGCCCAACGACAUCGACCCCGACUUGGUGUUCGUCUGCCGUCACGUUUACGACUUCCGCUACGGCCGUCUGCUGAAGAACCUGCAGUAGGUCUGAAUGGAGCCAUACACUGAAACCAGAAUCCAAAACGUUAUGACACAAUCAGAGCCCAAUCAACUGGAUGGCCACAGGUCUUUAGCGAGGUGUUGCUUUUGGUUUUCCCUUAUAGGAUAAAUGCUCUCCUAAGAAAAAGAAAAGAAAAGCUAAACUGUUUAUAAGACGACAUUGUGAGCACAACUACCUUGAGUUCAAAGGUACCGAUCGCCAAAAUGUGAUUUUUCACUCCAUAAAUUUGAGUAUUUAUUUUUGCAGUUAUCUUUUAUAUUUGCUGAAUGAGUGUAAAAACAAAAACAAGAUGAAGUAAUUAAUGCAGGUACAUUAAGAAUGACCUUGAAUUAUGGAAUAGAGCUCUAAUAAUCUCUUUUUUUGGGCGCCCUUGUCAAACGAAUCGCCUGUAGACGGAAGGUUUAAAAAAAUAUAUUUAUUUUUCGAUAAAUCGAACCCAAGCUCCGUCUUUCAGGAGGCACCAAUCAGAUCGAUCCACAAAUGCACUGGCCAAUCAGUCAUUCACAAAACAGGGUGUCGGGGAUCACAGACUUACUGUUAUCGUGGCGGACCAAAUAUUCCAGAAUGCGUUUGGUUAACGUGUCGUUCUGACCAAUGUGUAAUGAGCUUUCAUCCUCCCGUCACCCGUCAUGACUUGCCUUAUAUCCCACACCAAGUUUCCCCUCCCGUUUUCUGCCUUCCCAGCAAACCAAAGGUUAUCACGCCACUCCUUAACAUCCACGGUCGCAGCUCCAUUAGUUUGCACUAAAAACGUAUCAUUCGCCGAGUCAGCGGUCUGACUCCGUUCAAAACAUGUCACCUGCUACUGAUCUCCAAUGCAGGAAAAUACUGUGUAUUUGUCGUACGUGUACAAAGAGAUACGAGAGGAGAACUCGCUUAACCGUCAGUUACAAAAUGUGAAUGGACAAACUUUAUCUUGCGCGCACAGGCCUGCUUUCGACGUGUGCCCUUUGCUUCUCGUCCUACAUGGUAGUUUUGUUACAAGAUUGCUAAUUAUGAUAUGAGAACGCUGUUUUAUGUGGGUCUGUUCGUGCCUUUGAAUAGUUACCAGUCUGCUAUGUGAAGAAAUGCCGGUCGAUUGGUAUCAGUUUUACCUUAAGUUUUUCGGCCUGCUCGUUUUUUUUAUUUUUAUUUUUGUAUUAUUAUUAUGUUGCCCCAUCGAAAAGAUUGUCUAAACGCACUGCGCUGACCUUCACGCCUCCCUGCUUUUGUUUCUGAAAAUAAAGAAGACUUAAUGUGAGUCACAUUCAUAGGGUUCAUGAUAAAUGAGGACCUUUUUGUUUGUUUGUUUUUUUGUUUGUUUGUUUUUAAUAAAGACUAAGUUGUCUUACUUUUAUGUUCAGAUGGAAAUCACUGAACUCAUUCCUUAUUGAGAUUUGAGCGAAUGUUAAUCAUUCGGAAGUAAUUAUGUCAUUGUGAUGAAGCUAUAAGAUAUCAUUUAUGUGUUUUAAUAGUUCUAUUCCCAUGCCCAACUUUAGUAGUGUCGACCAAAAUAUACAAAAAGCAGAAGUGAAAUAAUCUUGAUCUUUCGUUCUGUUUUUCAUAGCAUCAGAUAUGCCAGUUUAGACGUGUUAAUGCCAUAGCGGUUUCGCGGAACAUUUAAAGCCCAGCUCGUUUUGCUUUGGUUGGCGGUGUGGUCGAGUAGAUCCUUAAUGGUCGCUGUUUGUGUGAAAAAAACAAAAAACAAAAAAAAACUAAAGAAAAAAUCUUUGCAUAUUUUUUUUUUAAAUGUAUACUUCUCUAGCAGAAUGUUCUGGAUGGCAGAUACAACAUGUUGUGUACCAAAAUAAGGAGAGAGGAUAAUGUUCAUUCCUCUGUAUACGAAACUGACCAUCAAUUCCAAGCUCUUCGCUCCUUUGAUGAAUGGCUGUUUGUGUGUAUGUGGGCGAGCGUGUCUAUACAAAUAUAUAAAUAUAUAUAUUUCAGUGCAGCAUGGAAGUACUGGGCAUUCUUUGAAAUAAUAGAUCUAGCACAGCGCAUUUGUAUUAUUUAAGAUAGAAGUGUAUAUUAUAAGAGGAAAAUAUUUAAAAGGAAUAAAUAAUAUAUAAGCAUCCAA